AUGGCGUCGCAGUCAUUCCGAGACUCGCUCGGCUCAUUGGGUUGGUCGCGCCGAGAACCUGACUUGCCAGUCAACACAUCCCAGCAGAGCGGACUACUAUCGUCUCUGCAGUCCCUCAAUCCAUUUGGCGACCGUGGCUAUGUACGGCUGCCCACGACAGAGGGCCCCGGGGCUCCGCUGCCCGCACCAACCAGGCGGGAAGAGGAGGAAGGCUGGUUCGCCCUCAGUAGGUGGGAUCGACUGCUUAUCUUUGCAGGAUGCAACAUCGGAGCUGCCGUCUGCUUCUUUGUAUGCUUUUUCUUCUUUCCGUUGAUAGCAACCCGGCCAAGCAAGUUUGUGACUUUGUGGACUCUGGGGUCCGUCUUCUUCCUCUGCUCUUUUGCCGCCAUGAUGGGUCCAAUGGCCUAUAUUCAGCAUCUGUUGUCAGGACCAAGAUUACCGUUUACGGGCGCCUACCUUGGAUCGAUGGUUUUGAGUCUUUACUUUGCUAUUGGGCUGCGCAGCCAGAUUCUCACCUUGUUCUCGGCCAUAAUUCAACUAGUGUGCCUUGUGUGGUACUUGGUUAGCUACUUCCCGAUGGGCUCCAGUGGAUUGAGACUGAUGUCCAACUUUGGAGCCUCUCGGGCGGCCGCUUGGAUGACUGGCUAG